CACCGAUUUAAAGUACAUGUGUGUACCAAGAAAUUGGUUCCUUUCAAUAGUUUCAAUAAAUCUCCCUGUCUCGAAGUGACGCGCUUUUCAAAACUUUCAGAGAUAAUUUACCCUUAUCACGCUCAGAGUGAUUACAUCGUUAAAUAGUUCAUAUUUAGAAAAUGUACUUUGACUCACUGUCGUAACUAGCACUCAAUCUAAGACGAAACUGUCUGGCUGUUUUAUUGCCCACCCUCCUAUAUAAGCGGCCAACUUUCACCAUGUGUUCACCAUUCGGCAAUAUACCGAGAACAACAAACAGUGAAGAAUGAAUUCUGUAUCUAUCUUAUACUUAGUUGCAGGACUAGCAUCUGUUGCAGCCCUAAGGUGUUGGGAAUGUAACAACGUCGGAUCAAACGAGGAAUGUAUACAGCAAGGGAAACUCGUGCAAUGCGGAACUAACCAGGAUGCUUGCCAAAUUGAGUUACGUCACGGGGGCUGGGGUUAUAAAGUAAUGAUCUCUAAAAGAUGCAAACAGUCACAAGCAUGCGAGAACAACUUUAAUCAGAACCCUCAAAGUGCUUGGGAGUUCACGCAAUGCAAUCUACGCGUCCCAUCAUCAGUGUGUAGAUGUUGUUGUAAGGGGAAUGAAUGCAACAAGGGAAGUCUCACUUGCUGGACUGACAAUGCAACAUGUGUGCCUUCCCACACUAACCCACGCAAUGGCCGAGUGAGUUGCACCAACACUAAUGAAGUUGGAAGUAGUUGUUCCUUUGAUUGCAACACAGGAUACAGAUUGAUUGGUUCACCUACAUCAGUUUGUCAGGAUGAUCAGACUUGGGACAGAAGCGCGCCCGAAUGUAGACCGUUGGUUUGUAGACCACGACUUAUGGCGCCAUCUAAUGGUUUUAUGACAUGCGACAAAGGGAAUUACAUCGAAAGUGAAUGUUCGUUUAGAUGCAACGUUGGGUAUAGAUUGGAAGGCAGUGAGACUUCAGUUUGUCAAAAUGAUGAAACAUGGAGCAAUGCUGCCCCCGAGUGUCAACCCAUCUUAUGCCCUCCACCACAUGUUGCGCCACCAAAUGGAAAUGUCAAGUGUACGAAUAAUAAUCUUCUCGGCAGUAGGUGCAGAUUCAAGUGCAACAAAGAUUAUGCUUUGGUUGGUGAUCGACUAUCAACUUGUGUUGAAAGCAACAACAGACCUUAUGAUAGUGACGGUGUAUGGAACACUCCUGCACCAAAAUGUCAAAGAAUCACUUGCAUACCUGACAUGAAGUCACCACUACAUGGCAGUAUGGAGUGCACUGAUGGAUCAAAUGCGGGGAGCAGAUGUACAUUCCAUUGUGAAGAUGGCUACAGCAUGAUUGGUAGCAUGUACACAGCAUGUGUGGAUGAGAUUGGAACCUUAAGAGGGGUAUGGCAGAACCCAGCACCUGUGUGUAGACCAAUCCAGUGCACCCCAAGCCAAGAAGAUCCAGAUAACGGCCGCGUUUUCUGUUCCAAUGGAAUACAACUUGGUUCAGUUUGUCGUUUCAUGUGUAGUCAUGGUUACGCAAUGUUAGGAACGGGCAUGACAACUUGUUUGAACGACGGGAACGGAGACACCAUUGGCACCUGGAGCGCACCACCGUCACGAUGCAAACCAAUUGUAUGCUUGCCACUCCACGAGGCUCCCACUAAUGGGUUUGUGUCGUGCACCAAUGAUGCCUACCUCGGGAGUGUAUGCCACUUUACCUGCGCUGAUGAUUAUAAACUAAUGGGCAAUCCAACUUGCACUUGUAAUGAGGGGCGUGAUGGGGGCGUGGUAGGCAGAUGGAGCGACUUUGCACCAGUGUGUAGGCGCAAGACUUGUCCAGGAGGUUUAAUGGACCCUUUGAACGGUGGAACAGUUUGUUCAGAUGGUAUUUUCCUUGGUUCUCAAUGUGAAUUUGUAUGCGAUGAAUAUCACAUGAGAGUUGGAGCACUGUACAGUACUUGUGUUGAGUUGGAUGAUGGAUCUGUUGAAUGGGACCAACCUACACCUCGUUGCAGACCAAUCACGUGUCCGGAUCAAUUCCCUCUUCCUCAUGGAGAGAUGAGUUGUACGAAGAGUAACUUCGCCACCUCCCGUUGUAACUUCAAAUGUACAGCUGAGAAAUAUCAGUUAUAUCCACCUGGUGUAACCGAGAAUCAUUGCAUGAAUAACUCAAGGUGGAAUAUUGAGAAGCCGUGCUGUGCAAGAUCAUGUCCUCCCUUCGCUGUGAUGGACUUUGUUGUGAUCCUCGAUUCUUCUUCUUCUGUUGGAUCCGAAAACUGGAUGAAAAUAAAAACUUUCACCCACCAAUUUUUAUCAACUUUCAUUCUUUCACCUGAAGGAAGCCAGUACUCUGUGUUCCGGUACAACAGAAAUGUUGAUAUCAACUCACAGAUUUUGCUGAAAGACCAUCCUACAAAUAUAGAGGACUUCAUUUACGCAUUCGAACAAAUUCCAUAUGAUGGUUCAGGAACACACACAGGGAAAGCUAUUAACCACGCAGUUGACAUUGUACUUGCCCCCGGGAAUGGAAAUCGCGUCAACGCUCGUGAUAUUGUGUUGGUUAUCACUGAUGGUAAAUCGCAAGACGACGUUGGAGGACCCGCGUUAAGACUUCGGCAAACAGGAGCAACUGUAUUUGUCCUCCCCAUUAUGCCACCUAAGGGAAGAUUAGACAUGAGACAAGUCCGACAGAUCGCAGGAUCGGAAGACAACAUCAUAAAGGAUGCAAUCGAAGGAGGGUUCGAAGCACUCACUGAACAUUUCUCAAAGAAAGUGAGCAACAUCAUAUGUGGAAACCCAUGUAAACAUGUUUUACACGACCAUCUGGCUUUGUAAUGUAAUUUUCUCAUGAUUGUGAUGUAACAAUGUUGUUUUUGUUAUGUCACAACAUCUUAAUUGUGGCAUAAUAUUCUCUUUGUUUUAUCAAUUAAAAUAGCUUUUUCCUAUUAAUCUGCUUUUAAUGAUUAAAAACUUUUAAUGAUACUGAUUUUGAAACUAAUCAAAUCAUUGUAAAUGAUAUGUUUUUCUGAUUUUUAAUUAUUUAUAUUAUUCUGAUUCUUAAUUUUGAUUUGGAAUUGCCAUUAUUUUUGUUGUGUGUCAAUUUAUUUUGCUUUGUUGUUUAAAAUAAAGAAACAAACAUUUUGAAA